AUGGUUGUCAUUAAGCAACUCUCUCUAGGGGCAACCCUUCUACUCAGUCUCGCUCAGAAUGCUGUCUGUGACACAACUGUGGAGGAGCGAGACCUCGAAAUUCGCAAGGGAGGUGGCGGUGCAGGCCCUCGUGGUAGCCACGCCGGGCACGGUUCUGGCACGACUAGCAAUGGCUUUGCUGGCUACCAACCUUCUGCUCCUAGGCCCUCGAGCAGUGGCAAGGGCAAGCGAGGCCUUGAGAUCCGCAAGGGAGGUGGCGGCGCCGGACCUCGCGGCAGCCACGCCGGGCACGGCUCCGGGACUACCAGCAAUGGCUUCGCUGGUUAUCAACCUUCAGCUCCUAGGCCAUCUAGCAGUGGCAAAGGCAAGCGAGGCCUUGAGAUCCGCAAGGGAGGUGGCGGCGCCGGACCUCGCGGCAGCCACGCUGGACAUGGCUCAGGAACCACCAGCAAUGGCUUCGCUGGUUACCAACCUUCAGCUCCUAGACCGUCCAGCAGCGGCAAGGGCAAGCGAAGUCUUCAGAUCCGAAAGGGCGGUGGUGGUGCUGGAUCCCGCGGCAGCCAUGCUGGGAAUGGUUCCGGGACCACCAGCAAUGGUUUUGCUGGUUACCAGCCUUCUCCCGCAAGACCCUCUAGCAGCGGUAAGGGCAAACGCAGCCUUGAAAUCCGCAAGGGAGGUGGUGGUGCAGGUCCUCGUGGCAGUCACGCCGGGCAUGGUUCUGGCACAACUAGCAAUGGCUUCGCCGGCUAUCAGCCUUCUGCCCCCAGACCCUCUAGUAGUGGUAAGGGGAAACGCGGCCUUGAAAUCCGCAAGGGAGGUGGUGGUGCAGGCCCUCGUGGCAGCCACGCCGGGCACGGUUCUGGAACAACGAGCAACGGCUUUUCUGGUUACCAACCUUCUGCUCCUAGGCCCGCUAGCAGUGGCAAGGGAAAGCGAGGCUUCAGCUACGAGGAGGAAGCUUAG